AUGACCAUCAAUAUGUCGGACUACUCUAGGCUGAGUAAAACCAGAUAUGCGCCGUUUUCGCAGAUCCUUACGAUCCCUAUCGUCAAAACUAUCUAUGCAAUCCUCGGCAUAGCUACGGUCGGCGCCGGCCGCGCCCUCUAUGCGCGCGAUAUCUGGAGCCCGGUCGAAUUGCUGUCUCUCUGGACCGGGUCUGGCGGCCGCUUCCUCGCCUUCUUGUGUGGCUGCCUCUGGAUCCUGUCGCAGGUCUCCUGUAAUAUAUCCGCCAACGCGAUACCCUUCGGUCACGAUGCCAUGAAUAUUCUCCCGUCCUACAUCAACGUGCGGCGAGGUUCUUUCAUAUGCUUAAUCAUCGGAACGUGGUGUCUGGCGCCGUGGAAGCUAGUUAGCACCGCAGCGCAGUUCCUCCAGUUUAUGAACGGGUAUGGCAGCGUUAUCUGCUGCAUAGUCAGCAUCAUGAUCACGGACUACUGGUUCAUCAAACGGCGCAAGUUGGACGUUCCGGGCCUGUACGACCCCCACGGACGGUACCGCUACUCUGCGGGGUUCAACUGGCGUGCGGUCGUUGUCCAGAUUCUGUUCAUGGGAAUCACGCUUCCAGGAGUGAUCGGUCAGGUCUACACUUCAAUCUCACUACCAGAGGUCCUUCGUCGCAUUUAUGAUGUGAAUUGGUUUGUGUGCACAUUUCUGCCGGCCCUCUCAUACUGGGUCCUGUGCAUCGUAUGCCCGGCACCCGAGAACGUCAAUUACCAAGGGGAACUACAAGUCAUUGAGGCAGAAUCUCAGGAGAUAAACUUUGUAAACACCGGCAUAUUUACAAGCUUAGGUCUUAUCGAGGGGCAAGAGACAAAACUGAGAUAA